GGGGGGCGUGAAAGGAGACAAAAAGACUGAGCAGACGGGGAUCGCUGUCCAUUCGUGCUGACCAUCACCAUCAGAACUGCCACACCGCUCUUCAGAAUGAAAGUGACAAUUGAAGAAACCACCAUGGAAAUGAAACCGAUGAAAAAACCUGAAAAAAGGGUGAGCAUGAUGCUGAGCGGGGAGAGCAGCACCCAGAGCAGCUCCAUCGGUGCCGUCCGCUGGUCCCUCCCUGACGAGAGCGUCCAGGCUCACAGCUCGGCCCCCAGUGCACGCUCCAGCCCAAACAACCUCACAAGUCACUUACAGCAACACCCUCGUAAGAGCAGCCUGAAGGAAUUCCGCAGCCUUCAGGAGUGUGUGCAGUUCAUCAAUCACUGGAAGGAGCAGGUGGACCAAGUGUGCAAGGGAACUAAAGAUCCAGAGGAUGGUACCAAAACGCCAGAGGCCCAGAGCUCGGACCGGCACGCGGAGCGUAGUCUUGAAGAGAGCAGGAAACUGAUUCUGGAGUGGGCCGACGAUCUCCGUCACGUCGACAAGCUUCUGAAGGAGAACCCAUGGGCAUCUGAGAACCAACAGCAUGAAAGUAAAGACGAUGAAGCCAAAGAGGAGGCGCAGCAGAUGAUCAUGGAGUGGGCAAAAGAGCUGCAGAUUGCCAGUGAGAGCUGCGGAGUGCCGAGUGCAGACCUUGGAAAAGUGCUGUGUCUGACGGGCCUGAAGAAGAAACGGCUGGUCAAGCUGCUGCCUCUCAUGGAGUUCAUCACCUGGUCUCUACUCAAGGAAGACAGCAUGACAAAGGUACCACAGUUGUGGUUACUGGCAAAGCAAAGGACCUGGGAAGCGGGAAUUCCAAGAUACAUCCCCAAUUCAGUUUGGACUUGGAUUUGCAGCGCUGCAGCUGACGUGCUACUGGACCCCAUGACGAACCACCCGUGGCUACAGCUCUCAGACGACCGCCGGAAGGUCCAGGAGGACAUCGCACAGUCCGACCUGCCUAAGAGCUCCCAGCGCUUCGACAGCUGGCCCUGUGUGCUGGGUUGGGAGGGUUACAGCAGCGGCCGCCACUACUGGGAGGUGGACAUCGCCAACAACGGCUACUGGCGCCUUGGAAUGACCACCGCCAACUCCCAGCGGCACGGAAACUUCCCCAUGGCCCCGAAGAACGGCUACUGGACCCUGUGGCGCAGCACGCACAAUUUCUACGCCUGCAGCAAGCCGGAGACGGAGCUGCCGCUCAGCCUCGUGCCCCGGCGCAUGGGGAUCUACUUAGACUACGAGGAAGGCCAGAUCUCCUUCUACAACGCAGAAACCAAAUCUCACAUCUACACCUUCACGGGGAACUUUAAAGGGAAGCUGUACCCGCUGUUUGCACCCAUGGAUGGCCGCACCCUCUUGACCGUGAUCCAGCCACAGACGGUCUCGGAAAACUGAGGUGGACUUUUGAAACUCCGAUUGGACACUCAGGAGAACUCAGACUGACUUAAAUGAAGCCAAAGUGGAUGGAGCUAAAGAGAAAGAUUAUUUUAAAAAAAAGUCCAAUACUCUUGCUCUUGAAAUAAGAAAUAUUUAGAAUUUCGUUUACCCGAAUGUUACUAAAACUAUACACAAUUCUCCAUUAAAUGUGUGUACGGACUGGAUCAAAGUGCUAAUCCUGC